AUGUCUUUCUAUAUAUCUGAUUUCAUUUGUCUAUCUUUCUAUCUAUCUAUCUAUCUAUCUAUCUAUCUAUCUAUCUAUCUAUCUUUCUAUCUAUCUAUCCUUUUAUAUCAGUAUUAUGUCUUUUUAAUAUCUAUCUCUUAUAUCUGUAUCUAUCUAUCUAUCUAUCUAUCUAUCUAUCUAUCUAUCUAUCUAUCUAUCUAUCUAUCUAUCUAUCUAUCUUUUAAUAUCUACCUAACACAUAUUUCUUUCUAUAUAUCUGAUUUCAUUUCUAUCUGUCUAUCUAUCUAUCUAUCUAUCUAUCUAUCUAUCUAUCUAUAUGCCUUUCUAACACAUAUCUAUCUAUCUUUCUAUCUAUCUAUCUAUCUAUCUAUCUAUCUAUCUAUCUAUCUAUCUAUAUGCCUAGCUAACACACCCUUUUAUAUCAGUAUGUCUUUCUAUAUAUCUGAUUUCAUUUUAUCUGUCUAUCUUUAUCUAUCUAUCUAUAUCUAUCUAUCAUAUCUAUCACAUAUCUGUCUAUCUUUAUCUAUCUAUCUAUCUAUCUAUCUAUCUAUCUAUCUAUAUAUCUUAACACAUAUCUGUCUAUCUUUCUAUCUAUCUAUCUGUCUAUCUAUCUAUCUAUCUAUAUGCCUAGCUAACACAUAUCUGUCUGUCUAUCUCUAUCUAUCUAUCUAUCUAUCUAUCUAUCUAUCUAUAUCUAUAUAUCUAUCUAACACAGUCCCUAUGUCUUUCUAUAUAUCUGAUUUCAUUUAUAUCUGUCUAUCUAUGAUUCAUUCAUCUAUCUAUUUAUAUCUAUCUAUCUUAUAUAUCUAUCUUUCUAUCUAUCUAUCUAUCUAUUUAUAUCUCUAUCUAUAUCUAUCUAUUUCAUUUAUAUCUAUCUAUUUUUAUAUCAGUCUCUUCUAUAUAUCUAUCUAUAUGAGUAUCUAUCUUUAA